AUGUGUAGAGGAUGCCUGGGGCGACGGUUUUAUUCGACGACUGUUGCUGGAUUCAAGGCUGCGAUGCGUGAAGUGGCGUCUCCAGUUGCUAUUGUCACGACGCAAUCCGCUACAGACAAGGGCGGGAUGACGAUAUCGUCGUUCUCGUCGGUGUCGGUGAGCCCAGAGGCGAUGAUUUCGUUCAACAUGCAGACGCCGACUCGGACGCUUGCGCUCUUAGAAAAGGCGCCUAAAUUCGCAGUAAACGUCCUGAAUUCCAGCCAGGAGUCGAUGCAGCUUGCAUUGGCGUUUUCUGGUCAGCUUGGUCCCAUGAACCCGUUUGAAAAAUUCCCCAGACUCUUUGACGAAUCGGCCGGCUUGCCAAUUCUGAAGCACUGCAGCUCGACGUUCAUUUGCGAAAUCGCUAACAUCGUCCCGGUCCAGGACCACCGCAUUGUCGUCGCUCGUGUGAUCGACGUUUUACCCAGAAUGGGCGGAUCUAUGUGUUACCAAGCUCGCCGGUUCCAUAUUUUGGGAGAGGCUCUCAAAUAA